AUGGCGCUCGGAGUUGGCGCAUCAAGCGGAUCGACGCCGAACCUCAUCGCCGUCCCCCGCCGCCUCGUCCGCGACCGCGCCGUCGCCGGACUGCCUCGUCCCCAUCGCUGUCGGCCCCGUCCCCGCCUCGCGCCUCGCCCGCCGUCCCCUGCUACUGCUCGGGACAGCGCCGCUGCCGACCGCCGCCCUCGCGUGCCCCCUCAGAUGCUGCCUCUGCCGGCUGCGUCACGCUUCGCCCCCUCCAUUCCCCCCUCUCUCUCCGUCGUCCCGGGCGCCACCGCGCUGGCGCACACGCCUGCACCCCGGCCGCGCGCGCCGCUCCCUGGACGCGCCAAGGCGCGCGCCCGGCGCUGCCCGCGCCUCUGUCCGCUCCCGCCCAAGCCCAGCCGAGGCCACGGCCUCGCCCUCGAUGGGCGCUCGCGCUCGAUGCCCGCGCCGUCCGCCAUUGCCCCGCCUGCCGCUCGCGCCUUUGCUCGUCGCCGCCCUGCACUGUCGUCCCUCGCCGUCGCUGGCAGCUGCCCGCGCCCCGCCGGCCUCGCCCCGCCCCAGGCAGGCUGCGGCCUCCAGGGGCGCCCGCCCCGCUUCUCCGCCCGGAGGCCUGGGCACGACACCGGGGUUCCGCCCGUUAACCCACCCCGCUGA